AUGGGCAUGCUUAAAAAGGCUUUAGAUCAUUGGACAAAAUCAGGGGCUAAUGAUCAAGUAUUAGAAGUGAUCAAGAACGGGUAUAAACUACCUUUUUACACUGUACCAAGCAUUUGUUUUUUAAAAAACAACAGAUCGGCAUUAGAUAAUCCUGAAUUUGUACAGAGUGAGAUAGAAAAAUUAAUUAAUUUAGGUUGUGUGUCAAAAGUAGAUCUCAUACCAAAAGUAGUAAAUCCUUUAACAGUAGCUAAAAACAAGGAUAAGUUGAGAUUAGUUUUAGACGCCAGGCAUGUAAAUCCGCACUUGCAUAAAUUUAGAUUUAAGUAUGAAGAUGCAAGUGAUGCAGCAACUUUGUUUAACAAGCAGGAUUAUCUGUUUUCAUAUGAUUUAAAAUCUGCAUACCAUCAUAUUGAGAUAUUUUCUGAACAUAAACCAUAUCUUGGAUUUGCGUGGGAAAUUUCAGGAAAGAUUUCCUAUUAUGUUUUUAAUGUAUUGCCAUUUGGUAUUUCAACAGCUGGUUACAUUUUCACUAAAGUUUCUAGACCGGUAGUACAGUAUUUUAGACAAAAAGGUAUAAAAAUCAUCAUGUAUUUAGAUGAUGGUAUAGGUGGAGCGGAAAAUUAUGAGAAAGCAUUAGAAAUAAGUAAUCAAGUACACACAGAAUUGCUAAUGUUUGGGUUUCUUAUAGCAGAACAAAAAUGCAAUUGGCAACCUUCUCAGACAAUUAAAUGGUUAGGUUUAAUAUGGGACAUGUGUGUUGGCAAGAUUUAUGCGUCACCUGAACGUUUAAAUAAACUGAGAAAUUUUUUAAAACAUUUUUUCGAGAAAAUUUCUUCAGGAAACUGUUUAUUUAAAGCGAGGCUAGUGGCUUCAUUAGUAGGUCAGAUAAUUUCUAUGCAAGCAGCUAUGGGUAGUGUUGUUAGAUUGAGAACUAGGAGUCUUUAUGAAUGCAUAAUGCAAAAAGCUAGUUGGGAUUCGCCAGUUUUAAUUAAAGCAAUGGCAUUUGAUGAAGUCGUUUUCUUGAAGGAAAACGUAGAGUUCCUCAAUGGCAAGGAACUGUUAGACGAGAAAGUCAACACCAGUGUGGUGUACACCGAUGCCUCUGGCACAGGCUUCGGUGGGUAUAUAGUAGAGUAUGAAGAAAGCGAAGUUAUAGGUUCAUGGAAAUCUGAUGAACAAGUAAAAAGUUCAACUUGGCGUGAACUUGAGGCAGUUUAUAGAAUGCUUAUGUCGAAAUUAAACUAUUUGAAGGGUCAAAAAGUUCUAUUGAAAACUGACAAUCAGAACGUUGUACACAUAUUAUGUAAAUGUAGUGUCAAGUUAGAUUUACAAACAAUUGCAAUAAAUAUUGCGAACAUAUGUACUAGGGAGGCAAUUUCGUUAAGCCCACAAUGGAUACCCAGAACUGAUAACGUAAAAGCUGAUUUAUUCAGUAAAACAUCAGAUUGUGAUGACUGGGAGAUCAAAGAAUAUAUUUUCAACCAUUUUGAUAAAAAGUGGGCUAGAUAUUCAAUAGACAGAUUCGCGUCAGAUUACAAUAGAAAAUGCAUACGUUUUAAUUCAAAACAUUGGUGCACAGGUACCGAAGGUAUUGAUGCGUUUAAUUACGCAUGGGCAGGAGAGAACAAUUGGAUUGUUCCACCUCCUAGUUUGAUUGCAAAAUGGAUUCAACUAGGACAAACAAUAGAAGACGAAAUAUGUGCAGCUGGUGUGACGUCAGAAAACUUUUCAACUUUAGCCGAUCGAAUGGUACAUUUUUUAUUACAUUCUAGAAGUGACAAUACAACUAAAUUAUAUCAUGGUGCUUUUCGGAGAUUCGAGAAAUUCAUCAUUUCUGAAGGAGGAGUGGCAAUUCCAGCAGAACCUAUUCAUGUGUCAUUGUAUUUAACCAAGCUUUUAGACAGUGGUUCUUCACACAGUGUUUUACAAACUGCUUUUUACGCUAUUAAGUGGGUGCAUAAUAUAAACAAUUUAGAUGAUCCGACAGAUAAUAAUUUCGCAAAAAAUUUGUUAGAAUCCUCAAAAAGACAAGAGCAUAGUCCAAAAGUUAAGAAAGAUAUUAUUGACUCAGCUGAUAUAGUUAAGCUUUGUGAAAAGUAUAUUUAUAGUGAAGACAUAGGUGUAAUAAGGGAUUUAGUUAUGAUAGUGCUUGGUUACUCUGGUUUUUUACGAUUCAGUGAAAUCAGUAAUAUAAAAUACAAAGAUAUAAAAUUUUGUGAAUCACAUAUUGAUAUUACUAUAGAAAAGAGUAAAACCGAUCAAUACAGAUUAGGUGACUCGAUAGUUAUUGCCAAAGGUCAAUCCGCAGCAUGUCCUUUUAAUUUACUAAAAAAGUAUUUAAAUUUAGCUAAGAUUAGUUCGUCAGAUGAAUUCCUAUUUAGACCUAUUUUCAGAUCAGGCAGUUAUUAUAGUUUGAUAUAUAAAAACAAACCACUUAGUUAUACUAGGUCUAGAGAAUGUAUUGUCAAUCGUUUGAAAGAAGUAUGUAAAAAUUUGAAUAUUGGUUUGCAUUCGCUGAGAGCUAGUGGUGCUACAAAAGCAGCGAAUUCUAAUGUAAGCGACAGGUGUUGGAAACGUCAUGGUCGUUGGAAAAGCGACUCGGCAAAAGACGGAUAUGUCGCUGAUUCAUUAGAACAUAGAUUAGAAGUGACCAAGCAUUUAGGUUGGGAACAAGCCUCCCUCAUGCAAGGGUCAUUUAUUUUUAGUUAA